UGCGGUUUCAUACGGGACACGACGCAGCAGAGAGAGAGAGAGAGAGAGAGAGAGAUAUUGAGAGGUAGAGGAGGGAUCUGGAGAGCUGACGAGAGGCGGACUCGCGGGAAGAGGAAGGCUUUGACGCGGCGGCUUUUUACAGAGCGGCGGUUUAGACGCGGUGCAGACGAGCAGGGAUGAAGGCGGCGGGCUUGUGCGCGGCGGCGCUCGCGCUGCUGCUGGUGCUGGUGCUCUCGGCGUCGGGCGCGCGCGCGGCGGCGCCGCUGCUGACGGACGGCGGGGACAUCUCGUUCGAGUAUCACCGCUACGAGGAGAUGCGCAAAGCUCUGGUGUCCGUGUGGCUGCAGUGUCCGUCCAUCGCGCGCAUCUACACGGUCGGAGAAAGCGUCGAGGGCCGCGAGCUGCUCGUGCUGGAGAUGAGCGACAACCCGGGCAUCCACGAGCCUGGUGAGCCAGAAUUUAAGUACAUUGGGAACAUGCAUGGCAAUGAAGCGGUUGGCAGGGAGCUGUUGAUCUAUCUGGCUCAGUAUCUGUGUAAUGAGUAUCAACAGGGCAACGACACCAUCAUCAACCUGAUCCACUCCACCCGCAUCCACAUCAUGCCCUCCAUGAACCCCGAUGGCUUUGAGAAAGCCGCCUCGCAGUCUGGUGAGAUGAAGGACUGGUUCGUGGGACGCAGCAACGCUCAGGGUAUCGAUCUGAACCGGAACUUUCCGGAUUUGGAUCGUAUCGUCUACAUGAAUGAGAGAGACGGAGGAGCGAACAACCACCUGCUGAAAAACAUGAAGAAGGCCGUAGAUGAAAAUACUAAGCUCGCUCCUGAGACGAAGGCAGUAAUUCACUGGAUUAUGGACAUCCCAUUUGUCCUUUCGGCCAACCUCCAUGGAGGAGAUGUGGUGGCCAAUUACCCAUAUGACGAAACCCGAAGUGGAUCUACUCACGAGUACAGCGCCAGCCCUGACGACUUGGUGUUUAAGAGCUUGGCGAAGGCGUACUCCAGCUACAACCCGGUGAUGUCGGACCCUAAUCGAGCGCCGUGCCGCAAAAAUGACGAUGACUCCAGUUUCAAAGAAGGCAUCACUAAUGGAGGGGCCUGGUACAGUGUGCCUGGAGGCAUGCAGGACUUUAACUAUCUGAGCAGCAACUGUUUCGAGAUCACGCUGGAGUUGAGCUGUGACAAGUUUCCACUCGAAAACACACUCAAAAUGUACUGGGACCAGAACCGCAACUCCCUCAUCAACUAUAUUUCACAGGUUCAUCGUGGAGUGAAAGGUUUUGUGCAUGAUCUUCAGGGAAAUCCCAUCUCCAACGCCUCCGUUUCUGUGGAGGGCAUUGACCAUGACAUUACCUCAGCUAAGGACGGUGAUUAUUGGCGCUUAUUGGCUCCUGGUAACUACAAGGUUUCAGCCUCAGCUCCCGGAUAUCUUACAGUGACUAAGAAAGUGGCUGUACCACACAGCCCUGCUAUUCGGCUCGAUUUCGAGUUGGAGUCCUUGGAGGAACGGAAGGAGGAAGAGAAGGAGGAGCUUAUGGAUUGGUGGAAGAUGAUGUCAGAGACCCUGAACUUCUAAAUAGUGAUUGCUGAUUUGACUGAGCAUCCUGGGUGUAAAAUAUUAAAUUGAUGUUGUACGUGUGCUCAUUUACAUUCUAGCAGCUUUUUUAGGGGCGCUACAUGUGGACUAAAUGUCGAUACAAACACAGAACGCUGGGUUCUUCUGUAGAAGAAUGUGUAUCAGUAUAAGAGGAGGAUAAAAACUGGCAUUUAAUAGAGUUUCACUAAUCAAAAGUCCUAAUGUCGUGCUCUGCGAUUCAUGUAUUGAUGGUUUCUUUUUUGCAAAUAUUAAUGGGCAUUUAGCUUAUAGGUGUUGUUUGCAAUAAUACGUUAAUUGUCAACUGCCUGUGUGUGUGUCCACACACAUAUAUAUAUAUAUAUAUACACACACACACAGAGGUAGUAAAUAAUGCAAAUAGUGUACUCUAUCUUUCCUUUUCAACAUUGUUCUUGUGAGAUAACUUUAUCACCAACCAACCAGGAAGCACUGUGUUGUGAAUGAAUGUAUGUGUCAAAAUAUGAAUUAUAUUGAUCACUAUUAAUUACGACGAUGACUAAUUAAGACCGACGCCAACGUAGACGACUCGACAUCCUAUUUAUGCUUUCCAUCUCUUCUGUUGAAACAUCGUUCUGUGAAUGUUUUUUUGUUGUUGUUGUUGUUGUUGUUGUUGCGAUUUUAAAAGGAGUUGCAUCAGUAAACCUGUCUAGUUUUAUGAUAUUAAAUAUUUAAAUGAAUUUCGGGGAAUGCUCAAGAGGUUCUUCGUGAACUCUUUUAUUAUUAGAUCUAUAUAAGAAAUAAUUCUAUUAGAGCUAUUAACUGUAUGAUGUAUAUUCCUACACUAAAGAUACACGUAACGUAACUGACAGUGAUGGCACAAAUGUGACGAUUUUGUAAACGAUACCAAAAUGCACAAGUGUGAGACGGAUAACUAUCCACGGUCUUUAUUUAAUAAACACUGUAACUCUG